ACCUCUCAAACCCUUCUCUUUCCCAUCUCUCCUCCUGUGCUUCACCUUCCCCUUCAUAGCCUCCCUUUCUAUCUCCUCCUUCUUCCCCCACCCUGCUCAUAGCACACAGCUCUUCUCUGCUGCCUGUUGGUGUUCGUUCUCUCCUCCAUGCAAGCACUCACUUGUUUGUUUUUUUUAAUUUCUUCCCUGUUUGCUUCUUUCUGCAUCCAAAAACUUUUAAAACAGGCAGAAUCAUAAACAAUCCCCCUCUUUAAAAAUCAUUGCUUCCUUUUCCAACACUUCCUUUUAACCUAAAAACAAAACACCACUCUGUUGCAAUUUGAGUAUUUUUUCUCUCUUUUUCCCCUGCUUUUCUAGUUUUUAAAUUUUGCUUGCUAGCUACAUCAGUACAUGAGCUAGCAAAGAACCAUGGCGGGACUCGACCUCGGCACCGCCGCGACGCGCUACGUCCACCAGCUCCACCACCUUCACCCCGACCUCCAGCUGCAGCACAACUACGCCAGUAAGCAGCCGGAGCCCUCCGACGACGACCCCAAUGGCAGCGGCGGCGGCAACAGCAACAACGGUGGGCCGUACGGUGACCACGACGGCGGAUCGUCCUCAUCCGGCCCAGCUGGAGAUGCCCCGGGCGGCGGCAGCGGUGGGAACGGGGAGAUGGUAGCCCGCCGGCCCCGCGGGCGCCCACCGGGCUCGAAGAAUAAGCCGAAGCCCCCGGUGAUCAUCACGCGGGAGAGCGCCAACACGCUGCGCGCCCACAUCCUGGAGGUGGGGAGCGGCUGUGACGUGUUCGAGUCCGUCUCCACGUACGCCCGCCGGAGGCAGCGCGGCGUCUGCGUGUUGAGCGGCAGCGGCGUGGUCACCAACGUGACGCUGCGGCAGCCGUCGGCGCCGACGGGCGCCGUCGUGACGCUGCACGGGAGGUUCGAGAUCCUGUCGCUCUCGGGCUCCUUCCUCCCUCCGCCGGCUCCCCCCGGCGCCACCAGCCUCACCAUCUUCCUCGCGGGGGGCCAGGGGCAGGUGGUCGGCGGGAACGUCGUCGGCGCGCUCUACGCUGCGGGCCCCGUCAUCGUCAUCGCCGCGUCCUUCGCCAACGUCGCCUACGAGCGCCUCCCACUGGAGGAGGAGGAGGCCCAGGCAGCUCCACCCGGCCUCCAGAUGCAGCCGCCCGGCGGCGGUGCCGAUGGCGCAGGAGGCAUGGGCGGUGGCCCGUUCCCUCCCGACCCGUCGGCUGCCGGGCUGCCGUUCUUCAACCUGCCGCUCAACAACAUGGCCGGUGGCGGAUCACAGCUCCCGCCUGGUGCCGAUGGCCAUGGUUGGGCUGGUGCACGGCCACCGUUCUGACAAGUCCAUGGUGGGUAUAAUUCAGGUGUGUGAGAACAGGAGAUGGCAAUCAAGAAGAAAGCAGUGAACGGCACAAGGGUUGAUGAAGGCAGCAUGCAGAAGGUUAGCACACGCAUGCUUGCAAGGAUAUCUACCAUUUCUAUCUCGAUCUCUGUACAAUUUCGUAGUGUUUGCUCGGUCUCUCUGAUUAUGUGUUCUCCUCUUGUUCUUCCUUCUUUUCCUUUUCUUCUCCCGUGUCUCUUGAAACUUAAUUUGGGGUGUACCCUUGCUUGUCUUAAUUUUUAAUCUGGCUUUUAAUAAGUAGCCUUUAAUUUAAUCUGUUCUCCA